GGGGUAAGGGAGGGGAGAGAAUGACGAAAGAUUGCAGAGCAGUCAGGAGGAGCCUUUCCUGUUUUAUAAGCAGAAGAAGCGAUGUUGCUCACUUUGUCCUCAGUUUCUAGUUGGUCACUUUCUUUUCUGUGCGAGGGCAGAAAAACAAACUUUCACGCUGAAACAUUUAGCUUUCAGAUUUUCUCAAGAUCUCUUCCUCCAUGACGAACGUGUCUCAGACAAUGGAGACAGAGGAGGACCUCCUCACUUUACUCCACAUCAAGUUUUACCACCCUCAGCAACACUGUAAAGGUCUCUAUGACUCGCUUCCCUUGGGGACCAGGAGCAGAUGCUCUGCCGAUGAUCCUCUCAGGCUGGGCCGUGACGCCCAGGCCUGCACCUACUCUCUGGCUGACCCCAAGGUGUCCCGCAAACAGCUGGCCCUAAACGCCUACCGUACACCCAAGAGCCCGGACAUGCUGUUCUCCAUCCAGAACCUGAGCCAGAGAGGGCGGCUGUCAGUGAACGGAUCGUCGCUGGGCUACCUGGAGAGAAUGGACCUUCCAGACAAGACUCUGAUCCGGUUCUUAGAGUAUGAGAUGGUCAUUAUUCGGGAGUCUGGAGAGGCAAAGACCAGUUUUGAGGUGGACAUGGAGGUGCUGACUGUGCCUCCCUCCAGGGAGACGUGCACCUGUGUGCCUGGAAGGGCACCAGUCAUGGACACGGGUAUGGUGAACCAAAACACGGCUGGACUAAGAGAACUUGGACCUCUGGAAACUGAUGAGACACUCAUCUAUUAUAAAUGAUCAACAGACUGAACUGGGCUAAGCAUCAAGGCAUUGCUGUCCAUUUGUUAUAGUAAAGUUGAAUUAGGUAAUGAUAUUCAUUUUCUAUUGUGAAAUCAUUAAGUUCUUUUACACUUUGACUUUUGCAAAUAGAUCAAAUUAAGCUAGACCCUUAAAUGUAUGCUUUCAUUUUUGGAAAUAUGAAUAUUGUGAUGUUUUAAUGUUAUUUACUUCUGAAUCAUAGGUUUAAGCAAUAAACUACUCUUUUUACAGCA